CAGAGGGAGAUGAGGAAGACCCAGGGAGAAGACGGCUCCCAGGAGUCUCCCUGGAGCUCUGCAGGGAGACACGAGGACGCCUGGCCAUGCAGUCACUGGGUGAAGGAACUGGGGACCUGCUAGUGGGGCACGUGGGGAAAUGGAGCCCCUGCGGCACUCCUGGGAGUAGCAGAGGUUGGCUGGGAUAUCUGGAAGGGAAUCGGGGCUCCCGGGAGUACGAGGGGCAGUAGGUGUUCUCUGAGGAGAUCUGGGAGAAGCAGGGUCCCCAGAGAUACGGUGGAAGAAGCUUGUCAUCUAGAGUUCUUAGGGGACAGACCCGGACUAUAGGGAAAUUCAGCCGGUGUUCAGAGUCAUGACUGCAGGACUACUGCAGUCAGGCGGCAAUCUCCAGGGAAAUCUUGGGCCAGGAUGCGGCUCCGGGGGCACGCCUGCAGUGGUCAGGCCUGUGGGAGAGGAAACCAACAGUAAGGCAAGCGUGCUAGGUCACCGCCCCCAGCCUGCCCGCCCCAGCGCCCGGCGGCUCCUGUCACGGCUGGACGCGCGCCCCCUGGCGGCCCGAGCUGCAGCCGACGUGUCCGCGCUGGUACGCAGGGCGGGCGCCACACUGCGCCUGCGCCCGAAGGAGCGUGCGUAACAAGGGCGGGGCCUUCCCGGGAGGCGGGCCGGGGCGAGGGCGGGGCGGGGCGGGGCUCGGAGGUGGCCUGGCUCAGGUUGCGGCGCCUUACGCCCCCUAGUGGGAACCGGGGUGCGAUGGGGCGGGGCUCGGAGGGUUCUCGAGGGGGCGGGGCCUGGGGUUUCCUAGCGCCCUUCCUUAGGAUUUUGCAGCCAGCCAGCGCUAGAAGAUUCGAUGAGGGUGCGGGACGGGACGGGACGGGACGGGACGGGACGGGACGGACGGUUAUUCCGGUCAGCGGGGCUCCCCGGGUGCUUUCUGAAAGGGCGAAGGCCGCAGCGUGCUGGGGGCGGCUAUUCGGCAAAGGGGCGGGCCUGGGGUGCCAGGCAAGGGGUGGGGGCUGUGAACACCCUGGGGCGGGGCUUGGAACGUGAGGCGUGGACUGAGUCGAGAGGUUAAUGGAAGGGGAGCCGGCCUGGGCGGGCGGGGUAGUGGGAGGGCGGGAGAGCAGCAGCCUCCAGGGAGGGCCUGGGGCCUGAGCUGUGUCGGAGGCUGGUACUGGUAGGAAGGUGUGCAGCAGCAUUCAGAUGGCUGACCGAGGAGUUAUUUUACGAACGCGGUGCCUAAGGAGGCUAGACAUUGUGUACUCUUAUAAUCACCUCUGCUGGGGUGCAGAGGCGAGAGGGUUGCAAGUUGAAAGCCAGUCUGGAUAGUUUAAGGGAGACUGUCUGAAAAAUAAAAUAAUAAUCUCAGCACUUGGGAGGCUGAGGCAGGAUUGUUGC